AUGUACAGUUCCAUGUAUGGCUCACCAUUUCCCAAAAUCAACCCAAAUGUGAGGUAUAAAACCGCUCUUGAGAGAGCUGGGUUUGAUGUUAAAACAGGCAACUCUAAGAGGUCUGUAUCUGAGAGACCUAUGGAUAGAUACCCCGCGGCAAAAGCUGCUGAUACCCCACUAAAGAACUCCUCAACUCCCGUGUCUCCAUCGAAAUAUAAAUCACCUAACGCGUCUAACAAGAGUAUACAUAAGCCUAGCAGAAAAUCCAAUGAUUCUCAUCUUAUGGAGAAGCAACGUGAUAUUGAUGACAGACAAGAAAUCUCUAUGUAUAAACCACAAGGGAAUAUUGGAGGUAAAUUCCGUUCCACUUCAGAACAAUCAACAUUUGGUCAAUACACCAAUGACCGUAACAGUGGGAAUAAUCAACAAUCAUUGCCCAUAGACCAUAAUGUGUUAACUAAUGCAUCACCAGCAGUACCAAUUGUAACUCCAAGCAUUGCAAACCCAAUAGAGAAGAGUUUCCAGAUGCUUACUCAGAAUGAUACUUCGAUGUCGCUAAACUCCAACACAAGUGAAGAAAUCGAACAAAAAUCUAGUGUUCUAGACGAUAACAUCAUAAAUAGCGAUAAUUGGGAUGAAAGAGAAAAUAAACAUGCGUCCUAUGAGUCUGCAAAUGAAUACCAUCAAAAAUCACAUUCUCAACAGGUGUCCCAAUAUAGUCAUCAUACGAACGAAAACCAUUUCAGCGAGACAGAGAUUGAUAACGAUUUGAACUUUAAUGCAGAACCUUCCCCAGCGAAUAACAUCAACGAAACAGAUACAGAAUCUGAUGAUGCUGACAGUCUCGAAUUCAACCCAAAUGCUGAUCUAAGUGCAAACCUAGAUGAAACUGACUACAACUUUCAAAAAGAUCUUGAUCUGAAUGAUCCAAUAACAAACGAUGAUGGUGACGAUUUCACCAAACCAUUGGUGCUUGACAACAAUUAUGAAAAAGAAACUGCACCUAACGAAUUAAGUACUCAGAAAUUUAUUCAAAUACCUAACAGAUCAUUUGAAAGAUUGAACAAAUCCAAUAACAAUACCAUCGCAUCAAUACAAGACACUCCAGAAGAAGAUAUUACUGGAACAGUAACUUCAACAAAUCCACAAUUGCAAAAACUGAUUGCUCAAUUGGAUGAUGUAUCUUUAACAAGAAAUGCUGAAAUUGAUACGUUACUUCAACCAAAGGAUUCUAUUGCUAUAUUACCAUCUGACUCUGAUGUCCAAAGAAAUUUAAGCAAAUACAAAAAAUCAAGUGCAUACUUAUCUGGCUUUCCAAAAGAUCUUAACAUGCCCAAUGAUGAUUCAACAUUACCAACAGAACAACAAAACACAUUAUUAAGCAAUAGAUCAUCAAACUCUUCAGACAGAUCUGAUCCGCGAUACCAGUCAGACAAUAUUUCUCCUGGCAAUGGUACUCCAGUGUUCUAUAAAUUCAACCAACCUUCACCAUUUACAUCCAAUACACCACCAGAACUAAACCACGAUGAACAACUCCUAUAUACGCCUUCCAAAAAUGACGCUAAGGGCUCUUAUGACUUAUCAAACAUUCAAGUUCCAUCUAUUGUUACCGAAGAUAUGUCCGAAACGCGCUCCACACCAAAGAUUACGAAAUACCCACCAGGCGAAGGACCAUGCAGAAGAUGCAAUAAGAUAAUCGAAGGCAAAAGGAUAUUCUCCAGGAAAGACAACGAACUAUCUGGCCAAUGGCAUAGAGAGUGUUUUCAAUGUACCAAAUGUGAUAUUCAGUUCAACAAAAACGUGCCUUGCUAUAUAUUGAAUGAUCAAAUAUUCUGCCAGCAGCAUUAUCAUGAGGAAAAUAAUACUAUAUGUUGUGUUUGCAAAACAUUUAUUGAAGGUGAAUGUUUGGAGAAUGACAAAAUGGAAAGAUUCCAUACUCAUUGCUUAACCUGUAUAUUGUGCAAGAAGAUUAUUACCAGUGAUUACUAUAUAUUCAAUGGUGAGAUUCCAUUAUGUGCCGAACAUAACAUAGAGGAAAUGUUGAGCGAUGGUAUUAUUGGGGAUAUGAUUAAUCAAGAGGGUAUUGAUCGUAACAAUACAGUAUCUCGGAGACGGACGAGAUUGAUAAAUUUCAACUAA